UUUUAAGGCAAAAGAAAAUGGCUGUCACAGCAAAUACAGCACCAACUGAGUCCAACUAUGACCGAAAAAGUGAGUUAUUGGCUAUCGACGGAUCAAAAUCCGGCAUUAAAGGACUCGUUGAUGCCGGCUUAGCUAAGCUCCCUCAAGUUUUUGUACAUGAUUACUUGAAUCUUCAGAUUAAAUCGGGGCCUCCACCCGUUGAUGUGAAGAUCCCAGUUAUUGAUUUCGCAGGUGUCAACACCAACUCCACUCGACGUGCGGUGAUAAUUGACGAAAUCCGAAGUGCUUGUGAGAAAUGGGGAUUCUUCCAGCUUGUUAAUCACGGAAUCCCUGCUACCACCCUGGAAGAGAUGAUCACCGGGAUCUGUCGGUUCAACGAGCAGGAUCCCGAAGCCAAAGAAAAGCUUUAUUCUAGAGAAGAAUCGAAGAAGGUCACAUUCAACACUAAAAUCGACAUGUCCCGAGCUUUGGCUGCCUAUUGGAGGGAUACCCUCACUUGUGUUAUGGCCCCUAAUCCCCCUGCACCCGAAGAAAUCCCUGAAGCCUGCAGGUACAUAUUGCUAGACUACACAAACAAUGUAAUGAACUUGGGGCAUACCCUAUUCGAAUUGUUAUCCGAAUCACUCGGUCUAAAUCCGAACCACCUCAAGGACAUUGGUUGUACUGAGGGACUCUACGUAAUGGGUCAUUACUCACCGGCAUGCCCUGAACCCGAACUCACAAUGGGGACCGGCAUCCAUACAGAUAGUGGCUUCCUCACUGUGCUUCUCCAAGACCAAAUCGGUGGCCUCCAAGUCCUACACGAUGAUCAAUGGAUCGAUGUUACUCCGAUCCCGGGAGCUCUUAUAAUAAACCUCGGAGAUCUGCUACAACUGAUUACAAAUGCCAAGUAUAUAAGCGUGUAUCAUAGAGUGUUGGCGAGAGACGUCGGGCCGAGGAUAUCAAUCGCUAGCUUUUUCCGAACAUAUAUUCAACCGGAAAACGCAUCGAGAGUGUACGGACCGAUUAAGGAAUUGCUGUCGGAAGAUAAGCCGCCGAUUUACAAGGAAACAAACGAGGUCGAUUAUUUCAAAUUCAAGCAUGUUAAAGGUGUGGAAGGGACCUCUGCUCUUGCACAUUUCAAGCUUUGAAU